CAGAAUACUGGUAUAAUACUGUUAUGGCGGGGAAGAGCUGUAGCAGGGGGUAAAUCAGGAAGAGAAAGCGCUGUAAGUGAAAUUUGAACAAGUCUAGCAGUUUUUAGGGGAGGACUGAGUGGAUGACUGCUGUCCCUUGUCGAGCACCACUGGCGCUGUUGCCGUACUUGAGCCACGUUUAGGAGUUGUUGCUCAUGACAGCACUCUACCUGUCAAGCCUGCUGUGACAAUAGCAAGUUCUACUGCUGUAGCCUGGCUGGACUAGUGAAGAAAUGAAAGUCGCAGGUGCCUCUUAUAUUUUGACAGAGGGGAGGAAGGGCAAGGUCUCUGCGACUUGCCUUUAGAACCAAAUCUUAUUAAGCCGGUCCAUUUUAGUGAACGGGUUUUGAUGCAUUAUUUCAUUCGCCUCCUUAUCAAGUUUCCGACCGGGGGAGAGGAGUUCUACAUGGAAACGCAGUGACAACUCCAAUGUCGCGGUGUCAUCGAGUAGAAACCCAACUCUCGUGCGCCUGUGCCUUUCGCGGACUACAAAACGUACUUUGUUGACUCGAAGGCUUAUUUUGGGAACUGUUUUGAAUGGGGAGGGAAAUAUUUUCGUUGUUUACCUCCAGACUGUCGACAUAGCUGGAAAGAGGAUACCAUUGUUUUUUUUCUUUCACCGACUUUACUGUAUCCCAUUACCGCCUUUGGGGGUGAACAGGUGCCUUACCUGUUAACGCCACCUGUCCUCCUGUAGCGAUGGCUAGCGAGGAGACGCCUGGUGCUGGGCGACCAGCCGGGCAAGGUGAUGGAGCUGCGGCGGUGUCGCUCAACCCUGGGAUCCCAAUCCGAGGAAUCAAAAAGAAAUUCGCUGUCCUCGCCGGUCUGGUGGAAGUUGGGGAAGUUUCCAACCGGGACAUUGUGGAGACCGUCUUCAACCUGUUGGUGGGGGGCCAGUUUGACCUGGAGAUGAACUUCAUUAUCCAGGAGCAGGACAGCAUUGUGUGCAUGGUGGAGCUGCUGGACAAGUGUGAGACCACGUGCCAGGCGGAGGUGUGGAGCAUCUUCACGGCUAUCCUGAAGAAGAGCGUGAGGAACCUGCAGGCCUGCACGGACACGGCCCUCAUCAACCUGGUCCUGGACCGCGUGGCCCACACUGACAGCAUGAUCGCAGACCUGAUGGUGGACAUGCUAGGAGUGCUGGCCAGCUACAGCAUCACAGUCAAGGAGCUGAAGUUGUUCUUCAGCAAACUGCAAUCUGAGAAAGGCCAAUGGCCUCCCCAUGCGGUGAAGCUGCUGUCUGUUCUGAGGAGCAUGGCCCACCGGAACGGACCUGACUCUUUCUUCAGCUUCCCAGGGAAGAGUGCUGCUGCUAUAGCUCUGCCCCCUAUAGCCAAAUGGCCGUACCAGAAUGGAUUCACCUUCCACACGUGGCUCCGCAGGGAUCCAAUCAACAACAUCAAUGUUGACAAGGACAAGCCUUACCUGUACUGUUUUCGCACCAACAAAGGUCUGGGAUACUCUGCACACUUUGUGAGCGGCUGUUUGAUUGUGACCUCGUUAAAGUCCAAUGGGAAGGGAUUCCAGCACUGUGUGAAAUAUGACUUCAAACCACAGAAGUGGUACAUGGUGACCAUCGUUCAUGUCUACAACCGCUGGAAGAACAGUGAGAUCAGCUGCUACGUCAAUGGAGAGCUCGCCUCCUACGGAGAUAUCACCUGGUUCGUCAACACCAGCGACACUUUCGACAAGUGUUUCCUGGGUUCGUCAGAGACGGCGGACGCCAACCGUGUGUUCUGUGGUCAGAUGGGGGCGGUGUAUCUGUUUGGCGAGGCCCUCAGUGCAGCCCAGAUCCUGGCCAUCUACCAGCUGGGGCCUGGUUACAAGGGCACGUUCAAGUACAAGGCUGAGAGUGACCUCAUGUUUGCUGAGCACCACAAGAUCCUACUGUACGAAGGCAAGCUGUCCUCCUGCAUCUCCUUCUCCUACAACCCCCACGCCACCGACGCUCAGCUGUGCCUGGAGUCCUCCCCCAAGGACAACGCCUCCAUCUUCGUCCACUCGCCACACGCUCUCAUGCUGCAGGAUGUGAAGGCUGUGGUGACCCACUCGGUCCAGAGUGCCAUCCACUCCAUCGGGGGAGUGCCGGUCCUCUUCCCCCUGUUUGCACAGCUGGAUCACCUCCAGCACACCAGCGACGAACUGGACACCUCUGUCUGUUGCACCUUGCUGUCCUUUGUGAUGGAGCUGCUGAAGAACUCUGUGGCUAUGCAAGAGCAGGUCCUGGCCUGCAAGGGCUUCCUGGUCAUCGGUUACACUCUGGAGAAGUCUUCCAAGGUGCAUGUGACUCGGUCCGUGCUGGACAUCGUGCUGGCCUUCGCCCGUUACCUCAGCAACCUGCAGAACGGCGUCCUGCUGCUCAAGCAGCUGUGUGACCACAUCCUGUUCAACCCUGCCAUCUGGAUCCAUGCCCCUGCCAAGGUGCAGUUGGCGUUGUACACCUACCUGUCGACCGAGUUCAUCAGCACGGUGACCAUCUACAACGCCAUCCGCAGGGUGGGCACGGUACUGCAGGUCAUGCACACGCUCAAGUACUACUACUGGGUCGUCAACCCCCAGGACCGCAGCGGAGUCACGCCCAAGGGCCUCGACGGUCCGAGACCCAAUCAGAAGGAGAUCCACUCUCUCAGAGCUUUUCUGCUGCUGUUUGUGAAACAACUCAUAAUGAAGGAUUACGGAGUGAAGGAAGAUGAGCUUCAGAGUAUUCUCAACUACCUGCUCACCAUGCAUGAGGACGACAAUCUAAUGGAUGUGCUUCAGCUGCUGGUGGCUCUGAUGUCGGAGCAUCACGGCUCCAUGGUGCAGGCCUUUGAUCAGCGCAACGGAGUACGGGCCAUUUACAAGCUGCUGGCUUCCAACAGUGAAGGAAUCAGAGUUCAGGCACUCAAAGUCUUGGGCUACUUCCUCCGACACUUGCCCGCUAAGAGGAAGUCAGAGGUCAUGCUGGGUCACGGCCUCUUCUCCCUGCUCAACGAGCGACUGAUGCUCCACUCCAACCAGUUCAGCAUGACAACCUACAACGUGCUCUUCGAGAUCCUGACCGAGCAGAUCUGCACUCAAGUGAUCCAUAAACAGCAUCCGGACCCCGACUCCAAUGUGAAGAUUGUCAACCCGCAGGUCCUGAAGGUGAUCGCUGCCCUGCUGAAGAACUCUCCCCUCUCCCCAGAGAGCAUGGAGGUGCGCAGGGUCUUCCUGUCAGACAUGAUCAAACUGUUCAAUAACAGCAAAGAUAACAGGAGGAGCCUGCUGCAGUGCUCGGUGUGGCAGGAUUGGAUGCUCUCUCUGUCCUUCAUCAACCCCAAGAGCAGCGAGGAGCAGAAGGUCACUGAGAUGGUGUACGCCAUCUUCCGCAUCCUGCUCUACCACGCCAUCAAGUACGAGUGGGGCGGCUGGCGCGUGUGGGUGGACACCCUGUCCAUCACCCACUCCAAGGUGACCUUUGAGCAGCACAAGGAGAACCUGGCCCGUAUGUUCCGUCAGUACCAGAGACUGGGCUCCGAGGGCGAUGCGGCUGGUAUCCGGACCAUUUCCGGGGCCAGCCGAGACUCUGAGAUUCUGGGCCAGCUCCGGACCAACAGGGAUCAGGGGGAGGAGACUGCCCCCUCCACCGUGAUCGAGCUCACCAUUGACCCAGAGGGGGUGUCCCAGAACCAGGAGUCCCCCAACACUACCCCUCCCUCAGCAACCUCAACAGCAUCUGCCUCCACCCCCAGCCCUCCAGAGAGAGAAGGAGAUAGAAGUCAGAGGGGUCAAGCACCCAUAACUGUGUCCAACAUGCUGGCCAGAGCUGAAGAAGAGGAGAAAGAGGAACUACAGCAGGUCCAGAAUCAGAUCUCUGAGGAUCAGAGAGGAGGUGCUGGUGACAGACCUGAAGCUACUACACAGGAGACUGAAGCUAAACUUACUGAGGAUAAAGUCAGCAGUAAGACCGUUGAGGCCAUGGCUGAGACUGAGACCGCCACAGACAAGACUGAUGAUGCUGCAGCAUCUAGCACAGCUGAAACAGACGAAGCGACCAAGCCAGGAACUGAUGUCGCGAAGGUGGCUAAAACAGAAACAAGCGACGGUGCUAAAACAUCUGAUACUGACAAAGUAGUAAGACCUCAAACGGAUGGAGAGAAGGGGUCAGAAACGCACAGCUACAAAGCCGCCAACGUUCUUAUGUCUGAAGAUUCCCUGAAUGAACCCAAGGAACCGGAACUGGCAAAGCAACCGGAGGAACAGGUCUCUGCUGCGGUCUCGGCUUGCCAGAAGGGCAGCGUGGCGGAGGGGUCAGCAGUCGGGGCAUCUGUCCAGUCAGUCAGUGACCAGGUCCGACCCAGCUCCACCGACGACAGCAUGGAGGAAUCCUCUUUUGUCUCUGCCGCUGGUGGAGAGGAGCAAGAAAAGGAGACAGAGGAGGUGAAGACAGAGGAGGUGAAGACAGAGGAGGUGAAGAAAGAGGAGGUGAAGACAGAGGAGGUGAAGACAGAGGAGGUUGUAGUUGAGGAGGAGAAGAUGGAAGAGGUUAAUGCAGAGGAGAUCAAGACGGAGGAGGUUGUAGUUGAGGAGGAGAAGAUGGAAGAGGUUAAUGCAGAGGAGAUCAAGACGGAGGAGGUUAAAACUGAAAAGAAGAAGGAAGAGGAGAGUGUUGCUGAGGUCACAAAGUCAGCAGUAGAAAGUCAAGAGACACCACCUGCUUCUGUUCCUGAGGAGAGUCAGACCCAACCCCCUCAAAUGGAGGAGAUUGACCUUGACCCGUCUGCACCAGGCACCCUCCCCACCAACACAGGGCCAGCACAGCAGCCUUUAGAGUCCACAACAUCGCCCCCUACAGCCCUGGAGGCUAUACUACCAACACCAGCAGCAGUAGGGGCCACUGUCUCUAAAUCUGACACCUCACAGGCUGUAGCACCAACAGAGGCCCCCAGCACCAAGGCGAUCCAGCCAGAAGCCCCACAGGCCUCAGGGGCCACAGAGGCCCCCAGCACCAGGACUGAUACCUCUCCGAAGGUAGCCUCUGCUACUGCUGUGGAGGCAGGGAAAGACAGUGCAGCAGAGGGCCCUGGCUCUGCCACCAAGACCAAAGAGAUCCACAUUGCCAGGCUGGAUGUGUCCAGUGUGGCCUCAGACACAGAGAGAUUGGAGCUAAAGGAGACCUCAACACCUGAAGUUCCUCAGGGCGACGCUGCUGCAGCCGGUGCCUCAGGAGGCCAGGCCAGAGAGAGCAGCAGCUCCUCCGCUCGCUCCACCAUGUUUCGUAUUCCAGAGUUCCGUUGGUCUCACAUGCACCAGCGCCUGCUCACAGACCUGCUCUUCUCCAUCGAGACUGACGUGCAGAUGUGGAGGAGUCACUCCACUAAGACGGUGAUGGACUUUGUGAACAGCAGUGAGAAUGUGGUGUUUGUCCACAACACAGUGCACCUCAUCUCUCAGGUGGUGGACAACCUCAUCAUGGCCUGUGGAGGCAUCCUGCCCCUGCUUUCCGCUGCCACAUCCUCCUCACAUGAUCUGGAGAACAUUGAGCCGUCCCAGGGUCUGUCAGUGGAGGCGUCUGUCACCUUCCUGCAGCGCCUCAUCAACCUGGUGGAUGUUCUGAUCUUCGCCUCCUCCCUCAACUUCACCGAGAUCGAGGCUGAGAAGAACAUGUCCUCUGGGGGUAUCCUCAGACAGAGCCUUCGCCUGGUGUGUGCCAUGGCUGUGAGGAACUGUCUGGAGUGUCAGCAGCACUCUCACUUCAAGCCCAGCCAGGACAGCGCCCGCGGCCAGCAAGCCGUGCACAGCCUCAUGGGAGCCCCCAAGUCCAUGCCCGCGCAGAGCCCUGUUGAUGUUGUGACAGGAGGGAUGUCUCCCAUCAGAGACAUGGACCGUCUGCUACAGGAAAUGGACAUCAACCGCCUCAGAGCCGUGGUCUUCAGAGAUAUCGAGGACAGUAAGCAGGCUCAGUUCUUGGCCCUGGCCGUGGUUUACUUCAUCUCUGUUCUCAUGGUGUCCAAGUACCGAGACAUCCUGGAGCCCCAAAACGACAAGAAACCCCCCCAGCGCAGCCAGUCUGCCAGGAGCGCAGACAGUAAUGCCGUCUCUGGCGGUCCCGAGCUGGAGAGCAGUGUGUCCCUCCGUCGCCGAGACUCUGGCAUCGGGGAUGACCAUAGCUCCGUGGCCCCCAGCGAGGCAGACUCCACCGCCCAGGGGCCCGACGCCGUGUCCGAGGCCCUGUCCACCCUCUCCUCAGAGGUCAGGGGUCACAGAGACAACACCACGGCGGACGCCAGGGGCGGGAAGAACGUGAAGGACAUCCUGCGCAGCUUGGUCUCGGCGCCUGCUGAUGACAUCAUGGUGGACCCCAGCCUUCUUCCGCCGGCCUUCCUGGGAGCUGCUAUGGGAAACAACCCCAACCAGUUCAGAUCCUUUGACAGAAGCGUUCGGGUGGCGCCCAAGAAGGUGGGCGGGGCUCCGUCCCCAGGCUCCUCCACUCCUGUCCCAUCAGCCACCGCUGCUGUGGCGGCCGCCGGGACACCAGUCAACAACGUUGCCGUGGUUUCCACGGGCGAUGCCUCCCAGAGCACCACCGCUGAGGCUGCAGCCGGUGAGUCCCAGACAUUAGGAGGAUCAGCCAGCGCCAACCUGCCAUCUGUCCCCACGCUGUCCCCAAUGACCCGGGACACAGCCCCCAGUAUGAGUAUCUCAGAGAGGCUGGAGCAUGCUCUGGAGAAGGCUGCCCCCCUACUGAGAGAGAUCUUUGUGGACUUUGCCCCUUUCCUCUCUCGCACCCUGCUGGGUAGUCACGGACAGGAGCUCCUCAUCGAGGGCACCAGUCUGGUGUGUAUGAAGUCCAGCAGUUCGGUGGUAGAGCUGGUCAUGCUGCUCUGUUCUCAGGAGUGGCAGAACUCUAUCCAGAAGAACGCAGGCUUGGCCUUCAUCGAGCUGGUCAACGAGGGCAGGCUACUGAGCCACACCAUGAAGGACCACCUGGUGCGGGUGGCCAAUGAGGCUGAGUUCAUCCUGAGCCGACAGAGAACCGAGGACAUCCACAAACACGCUGAGUUUGAGUCCCACUGUGCCCAGUACUCGGCUGAGAAGCGGGAUGAGGAGAAGAUGUGCGACCACCUGAUCCGAGCGGCCAAGUACCGCGACCACGUGACAGCCACCCAGCUCAUCCAGAAGAUAGACAACAUCCUGACGGACAAGCACGGUGCCUGGGGAAGCUCUGCCUUCAGCCGUCCUCGGGAGUUCUGGCGCCUCGACUACUGGGAGGACGACCUGAGGCGGCGCCGGCGCUUCGUCAGGAACCCCUUCGGAUCCACUCACUCAAAGGCCACGCUCAAAGCUGCAGCCGAACACGCUCCGGAGGAAGAUGUCCUCAAAGGCAAACAGUCCAUCAGAAGUCAGGCGCUGGGAAAUCAGAACUCUGAGAGUGAGAUAUUAUUGGAUGGCGACGAUGACACUCUAUCAUCCUUGGAGGAGAAGGAAUUGGAGAACCUAACAGGCCCUGUAAACAUGAGCACUAGCGCUCAGCUGGUCGCCCCAGCGGUGGUGGUGAAAGGAACGCUGUCCAUCACCGCGUCUGAACUCUACUUCGAGGUGGAUGAAGAAGAGGCCAGCUUUAAGACGAUCGAUCCAAAGAUCCUAACCUACACAGAGGGCCUCCAUGGUAAAUGGCUGUUCACAGAGAUCAGGGCUGUCUUCUCCAGACGUUACUUGCUACAGAACACUGCUCUGGAGAUUUUCAUGGCCAACAGAACUGCGGUCAUGUUCAACUUCCCAGAUGCAGGCACGGUCAAGAAGGUGGUCCAAUGCCUCCCUCGCGUGGGGGUGGGCACCAACUUUGGCCUUCCACAGACCAGGCGUAUCUCCCAGGCCAGUCCCAAGCAGCUCUACAAGGCCUCCAACAUGACCCAACGCUGGCAGCGCAGAGAGAUCUCCAACUUUGAGUACCUGAUCUUCCUCAACACCAUCUCUGGCCGUACGUACAACGACCUGAAUCAGUACCCCGUCUUCCCCUGGGUCAUCACCAACUACGACACUGAAGACCUGGACCUCACUCUGCCCAGCAACUACAGAGACCUGUCCAAGCCCAUUGGUGCCCUGAACCCCAAGAGAGCGGCAUUCUUCAACGACCGCUAUGAAUCCUGGGAGGACGACCAGGUGCCCAAGUUCCACUACGGAACCCACUACUCCACCUCCUCCUUCACCCAGAUGUGGCUGCUGCGCAUCGAACCCUUCACCACCAUGUUCCUCAACUUCCAGGGAGGGAAGUUUGACCACGCUGACCGCACCUUUUCCUCCGUGUCCCGAGCCUGGAGGAACUGCCAGAGAGACACGUCCGACGUCAAGGAGUUGAUCCCAGAGUUCUACUACCUCCCUGAGAUGUUUGUAAACGCCAACAACUACAGCCUGGGGGUGAUGGAGGACGGGACUGUGGUGUCUGACGUGGAGCUGCCGCCGUGGGCCAAGACCCCCGAGGAGUUUGUACGCAUCAACAGACUGGCUCUGGAGAGUGAGUUUGUGUCGUGCCAGCUGCACCAGUGGAUCGACCUGAUCUUUGGCUACAAGCAGCAGGGUCCUGAGGCCACCAGGUCUCUCAACGUUUUCUACUACCUGACCUAUGAAGGGACCAUCAACCUCAGCUCUAUCACCGACCCCAUGCUCAGAGAGGCUGUGGAGGCACAGAUCAGGAGUUUUGGACAGACCCCAUGUCAGCUGCUCAUCGAGCCACACCCACCAAGGAGCUCCGCCAUGCAGGUGUAUGUCCUCCUGCAGAGCCCGUUGAUGUUCACGGAGCAGAUGCAGCAGGAUGUCAUCAUGGUGUUGAAGUUCCCCAGCAACUCUCCCGUGGCCCACGUGGCCGCCAACACCCAGCCGGGCCUCGCCACGCCCGCCAUCAUCACCGUCACCGCCAACCGCCUCUUCGCCGUCAACAAGUGGCACGGCCUGGCCGGUCAUCAAGGCUCCUCUGUGCAGGACCAGCAGUACCAACUGCCCGUGGAAAUUGACCCUCUGAUAGCCAGUAACGUGGGGACCCACCGUCGUCAGAUCACAGACCUGUUGGACCAGAGCAUUCACAUCCACUCUCAGUGUUUCAUCAUCACCGCAGACAACCGCUUCAUCCUGCUCUGUGGCUUCUGGGACAAGAGCUUCCGCGUCUAUUCCACUGACUCAGGGAAGCUGACCCAGAUAGUGUUUGGUCACCGUGACGUGGUGACGUGUCUGGCCAGGUCUGAGUCGUACAUCGGAGGGGACUGCUACAUCCUGUCAGGCUCCAGAGACGCCACGUUACUGCUCUGGUACUGGAACGGAAAACACCGCAGCAUCGGAGAGAACCCAGGAACUGAGUUUGUGACGCCCAGAGCCAUCCUGACGGGUCAUGACUGUGAGGUGACCUGCGCCAGUGUGUGUGCCGAGCUGGGAUUGGUCAUCAGUGGCUGCAGAGAGGGCCCGUGUCUGAUCCAUUCCAUGAAUGGGGACCUGCUGCGGACCCUGGAGGGCCCGGUGGGCUGCGUGCAGCCCCGUCUCAUCCAGUCCUCUACAGAGGGCCACGCCGUAGUCUACUACGACAAGGGACACUUCUGCUUCUUCUCCAUCAACGGAAAGCUGCUGGGGCACAUGGAGAUGGAGGAGAACAUCAGGGCCAUGCUGCUGAGUCGGGACGGACAGUACCUGCUGACGGGGGGAGAUGGGGGAGUUCUGUCUGUCUGGCAGGUUCACAACCUCAAACAGAUGUUCACCUACCCUGGCUGUGACGCAGGCAUCCGCUCCAUGGCCAUGUCCAACGACCAAAGGUGCAUCAUAACCGGCAUGGCGUCUGGUAGUAUAGUCCUGUUCUACAACGACUUCAACAGGUGGCACCACGAGUACCAGACCAGAUACUGAGGCAGGACCACAACAACAAUCCCUGAGAAUCUGGUUAACGUGGGACCUACCUACUGCAAUCCUGUCAUUCCAUGUACUAAGGCACUACUCAAUACAUAUUGAUAUCCUGAAUGUAUCUUAAGAGAAGAAAAACUGUCCGAUUCUGUCGAAAGAAGCAAACUAUUUUUUAAAAAAGGGCAUUGCUAUAUUUUGUAGGGCAUAUUGAAAAUUUCAUAUAAUAUUAGGGUGGGGUUAUAUACCUAUGGUUACAAAUCUAUUUUUAGCUUGUUAAGAGUCUAUUUUCAUCUCGAGCAGAGGAAAAUAAGGGUUCAAAGUGGAAGUAGGUAGAAAAGUAUAUUUGCAUCUAUUGUCUUAAGAAUCCAUAUAUUUGUGUACGUUAGGGGUGAGUGAUGAUUUUCAGUAGGUGUGAAACGUGGAGAUAUAAUCAUUAUUUUGGUCAUUAAUAUCCUUUUUUUCAUGCUCUUUUUGCUACUGUGUGGAAACACUGGGAAAUAAAACAUGUGAAGUUUUGUGUGGUGAUUGAGCAGGAAGUUCAGUUAGUCCUCCUUGUGUGUUCAUGACUUGAGAGGGAAUAUAUUCUAUUUAAAUGUUUGUACCACACCUCUGUGUAACGGACAGAUCUUGCCUUCCUGUGCAUGAGUUAUUCCUCUGCUGUCCUGAUGGUGGCGUACACUGCACAAAGACUUGUCACCAGUUGUCAUAUGUGUAUCAGACAGUCAUCAUAGUAACAAGAUGGCUGCCGGUGUGAUUUAGUUUGUAUCCGAGUGUUGUCAUGACGAUCAUUAGCUUUAUGUAUGUACUGUAACCAUACUGAUGAAUAAUAUGUCUGUCAGUAGAAACAAAUGUCAUGGGCUACGUCCUAAUUUUGUAAAACGGCAUCCUUUCCUCAUCUGAUUUCCUUCAUAUUGCUUACUUAUCACCUAUCAGAACUUUACAUGAAGGAGACGGGACGAGGAAAGGAAGCCAUUCCAAAUUUCCCAACGUAGCCAUGAUGUGCUUCUUUGUAUAACUUCUUGUUAGCUUUACUUCCUCUACUGAGGCAUUUGCAGUACUUAAGCAUAUACUGUAUCAUAUUAGCGAUCGACACAGGGCCCAAACCAUGCUAGGAUCAUCAAAGUAUCUCAUCUUGGCAAAGAGAGGUGCAGCGAAAUGAGGGACUUGUCAGUCUGUCUGUGUCAUGGUGAAUAUUCACUGGUUAAACCAGACCACAAGACAACCCUGGUCCUGGACAGCCAAAGGGUGUGCACUUUUUGGUUCAAGCCCAGCUUUAAAAUACCCGAUUCUACCUAAUUAUGGGCCUUCAGGUCAAAACUGAAUUGGAUCAGGUGUUUCGGUGCAGGGUUGGAACACCCAAUGUGGUUCCUCCAAUACAACGGUUGCUCAUAAGGAGAAACAUUCCGUGUUGGUUUGAUCUACGCUUGGUGUGGUUACGAUUACAAUGAAAUGGCUACUACUGUAUUUUCUAUGUAUCGCUCAAUAUUUUGGCAAUCAAUUUGGAAUGAGUGUUUUUGAUGCGUGAUGAGUUCUGACAAAUAAAAUAGAAUUUUUUAACUUGA